GGCGAGUCUUGUUUUACGCACCGCAACUGUGCGUUCCUUUGGUCUUCAAAACAUCAAUAUUAGCCAGAAUUACAUAUAUCUCACAAUAGAUCGAAGUAUAGAAGAAUUCUUAAGGAAUCUUUGUAUUUGUGAUGCCUCUGAAGGAGGGUUUACGCAUGUAAAUAGAAUGCCUUUGAGAGUGAAAAUCCUUCGUGAUCAACUUGCAACUGACUGAUUGAUAAAGUUCUCGCAUAUCUCACCCUCUUUGUCCUUCUGGUCUUCUUCUACAUCUUGAACUCACCGGCGAGUCUUGUUUUACACACCGCAACUGUGCGUUCCUUUGGUCUUCAAAACAUCAAAAUUAGCCUUCUUUAGUCUCAAUCAAAUCACUUCGUAUAGAUCAAUUUUCAGAUGAAGGCUUUCAAGAAUCUGUUUGGUGCUGUCCAGAAGCGUAUAACCAAGGCAAACCAAUGGGCAUCUAUACGCGCUCGCCGAGGUCACAGGAGUCAAUCGCAAUAUAAUUAUCAGUCAGACUUAGAGGCAGCCUACGCGUAUGGCGUUGAAUUCCCAAUCCUUCAUAACGUGGCCGAGAGCUAUCACGGAUUCACUUACGAGGAGAAUGCUCCAGCUCCCAUGACAUAUGACGGCUUACUUAGCUCUACUACCACCAGUCAACCUGUUCCGAUCCCAGACACAAUUCUCACUAUUGAUGCGGUCUCCAACUUGGCGGAAGCCCUGUCCACUGAUAUCACGUCGACAAUCAAUGAUCAACCAGAUACUCAUACGUCCGACCCUGCCGACGAGCCGCUUGAUUCCCUUUCAAACUCUGCUGAUGCAGUCAUUUCUGAGCCCAUUUCAGCAGUUGGCGAUGCAAUGACACCUGGAAGCAUAUCCUUAAAACGCCGGCGCAUGGAAGUCUUGGAUGAAAACAUCAAUGUAUCUUCGGAAACGAAAGUGAAGGAGGAUCAUGUUCAUAAACGCCAAAAAAUCGCUCUUGAGUUAUCGGUCUCUGUCGGUCUGGACCAAUCAAGUCUAGCAGGGCCGCAUCACAAUGUUCAUACUCUCAUCAGCUUCAACGCAAUUUCACCACGGCACGCGACUGAAAACCAUCUCUACUCUGACGAUUACGAGGCUCCCCCAACUCAAAUUUCGAUAUCCAUUGAUCACAAAAAAACUCGCCCUCAAGAUAUUAGUGGUCUUGAAAACAACUCGCUUUCAACCCCUGCUGCUGGAAUCACCUCUGAGCCGAUAUGCCAUACAGCCAAUGUCGAAGUCUUUGACCAAAAACUUGAAGUUCCACCAGUUCUUCAACGUCAAACAAAUGAAUCUCCCGAUCACCCAAUCAUCCUAGAUUCUCCUCGUUCUCCCAUUUUUGUUGAACAACCCGAAGUGCCAAUGACACCAGUCCAUAACCAUCAAAACAUCACAUCAUCUGACUCGAUGAUCUUAGGAACUCCUUGUACUCCCGUUUUCAUGGAACAACCCAUUGUGCCAAUCACAUCAGCUGAUGACCAUCAACAAAUCGAUUCCUUGGAUGACGCAGUGAUUCUGGGGACUCCUUGUACUCCAGUAAACGUCAAAUCAUCUGAUGACUUGAUGAUCCUAGGAACUCCUUGUACUCCCGCUUUCUUUGAACAGCCAAAAGGUCUGUUACGUUUCUUCUCAUCAUAUGCUCUUGAUAUCCGUAUGCUGAUGUGCUUUGGACGUGCUCAGUGCAAAUGA